CUACUGCUGUUACAUUGAUUAAGAAAAUGUUGGAAUUUGUGACUGACUAUGGUGUUGACCCUUGUGUGGCUGGAGAGUUAUAUAUGGUGACUAGUCCAAAGAAUUCUGUGUUCACAGUGAACAUACUUGCCAAGACUUGCUCUUGUUUGCAGUGGCAGUUGAGGGGGUUCCCCUGUAUGCAUGCAGUGAGUGCAUUGCAUAGCAUAAGGCCACAAUGGAGAAAGUACUGCAGUGAUUACUAUUCAGUGGAGAACUAUAAGGCCACAUAUGCACCAACUUUUGCACCACUAGAUGAUAAAAGUGAAUGGGUCCAGCCAAACAUGAACAAGAAGAUCUUGAACCCUCCUCACAGUAGGAAACCAGGAAGACCCAAGAGCAAGAGGGUAAGAAGUUAUGAUGAACCUCGUGUUGAGAAGACAAAAAGGAGGUGUGGGAAAUGUGGAAAUGUUACUAACCACAACAAAAGAACAUGUGCUGGUGGUGAAGUGGGAUCUAAUCCAACUGCAAAGAGGCAAAGGACUGAAUGUGAUGCACAAAGCUUCACCUUCAGCAACAUAGAGCCAAGUCAGACCACCGGAGUUAGGGGUGCAGCUAAGUCAAACAAGAAGAAGAGAACGGCAUCAUUUGUUGGUGAAUGUUUUACAGGGCCUGGCAGUCAGCCUUUGGCAACACCAUCUUCUACUCCAGCUUCCACAACACCUAUGAGUCUGCCAUCUAUAGCACCAUCUUCUACUCCACCCUCUACAAUAAAUAACCUUUAUCAGAACUUCUUUGGCAUUGGAUCUGUAUCUCAGAAUAUAAAACAAGGAAAGGGAAGGGGAAAUGGAAAGGCUAAGAAGAAAUGAUUUGAGAUCCGUUUUCUGAUUUUUUGUGUUUAAGAAGACAAUAUUUUUUUCUUUUGUAGACUUGAAUUAAUGC